CCGGGGCGCCGGGCGGGGAUAGCGAGCGAGCGGACGGUCCCUUGGCGGAGCUACCCGAGGCCCAGGCGAGCCGGCCUGCGCUGCGUUGUUGGGCGGGCACCCGAGAGGUUAAAAGACUUGAGAUGAAGAAGACCGAUCUGUGUUCGAGCACGGAAGGGACUGAGGUGAUUCUGGCGACCUCGAGUGAUGAAAAGCACCCACCUGAGAAUAUCAUCGAUGGGAAUCCAGAAACCUUUUGGACCACCACGGGCAUGUUUCCCCAGGAGUUCAUUAUUUGUUUUCACAAACAUGUAAAGAUUGAAAAGCUUGUGAUCCAAAGUUAUUUAGUGCGGACCUUGAGGAUCGAGAAGACCACGUCUAAGGAGCCGUUCGAUUUUGAGCAGUGGGUUGAAAAAGAUUUAGUACACACAGAAGGGCAGCUUCAAAAUGAAGAAAUUGUGGCACGAGAUGGCUAUGCCACUUUCUUGAGAUUCAUCAUUGUUUCAGCCUUCGAUCAUUUUGCAUCUGUGCAUAGCAUUUCUGCAGAGGGACUGACAGUCUCAAAUCUUCCUUAGUAAUUACAACAAAAUGCUCUGAACUACUUUUAAAAUAUAUUUAUAGAAACACAAAGUUAUCUUUGAUAUGUUUACUAUUAAAGAGAUUUGUAUCA